GGCGGUUUCAUCUCAGCAAUGAAGUCCAUCUCCCAAGAACAAGAAAUCACCAUCCCAUCGGAAGUGACUCUCAACGUUGCCGCCCGUGUAUUCACCGUCAAGGGUCCCCGUGGUGAACUCACCAAGGCCUUCAAACAUGUCCAGAUGGAUAUCACCCGCCUUUCCAAGGAAAAGCUCCGUGUCCGAGUUUGGCACGGUGGUCGCAAGCACGUUGCUUGCAUCCGUACCAUCUGCUCGCAUGUUGAAAACAUGAUCAAGGGUGUCACAAAGGGCUUCGAGUACAAGAUGCGUUUUGUCUAUGCUCAUUUUCCCAUCAAUGCCAAUAUUGCUGACGACAAGAAGCUGAUUGAGAUCCGUAACUUCCUCGGCGACAAGAAUACUCGUCGUAUUCCCAUGCUUGAUGGUGUCACCGUCGAUGUGACCUCUACCAAGGACGAGAUUGUUUUGAUCGGAAACGAUAUUCAGAACGUCUCUCAGUCUGCUGCUUCCAUCCAGCAGUCUGUGCUUGUCAAAAACAAGGAUAUCCGAAAGUUUUUGGACGGUAUCUACGUUUCCGAAAAGGGUCUUUUUGUCAAGGAAUAAUCAAAUAUAACAUUAUUUCUUUAGUAUUCAAA